AUGUCCAAGUACGAUGUCUUUCUCAGUUUCAGAGGACCCGACACUCGCCGGAGCUUCAUCAGUUUUCUUCACAAAGAACUUGACCGAAGGAAGAUUCAAACCUUCAAAGACGACGACGGAUUGAAGUGUGGCCGGGAAAUCUCUCAGGAGCUUGUACGCGCCAUCGAGGCGUCGAGAUUCGCCGUCGUCGUGGUCUCCGCGAAUUACGCAGCGUCCCCUUGGUGCCUCGGAGAGCUCGUCAAGAUUAUGGAGCUGGUCGACAAGGACUCCCUCACCGUGAUACCGAUCUUCUACGGCGUAAAUCCCUCGCAUUUGAAGAGUCAAACCGAAGAAGUCGCCGAACAGUUUAAAAAGCACGAGAGCAGAGAAGAUCCCCAGAAAGUGCUUUCGUGGAGACAAGCCUUGACCAAUUUGGCCACCUACUCCGGAGAUUGUUCAUGGCAAUGGGACGAUGACUGGAAGAUGGUCGACGAAAUUACUGAGAGAAUAUCGAAAAAGCUGGUGGGGGUUACAGGAACACCAAGACGUGGAAGCAGCAUAGUGGGGAUUAACCGGCACAUGAAAGAGCUUCACCGGUUAUUGGAUCUGAAUUCGGACAGACCUGUGAGAGUUGUUGGGAUUUGGGCAAGAGGAGGGACUUGCAGAUCGGCUCUGGCUAGAUUCGCGUAUGAGAGCAUCAGUCGAGACUUCGAUAGCCAUUGUUUUCUUGGAGACGUGAAAAAGAUCUCUCAGGGACAUCACCUGUCGGAUCUCCAUGAAGAGUUUGUGAAGAAGGUUCAAGGGAGACACUUGAGCAAAUCAACGGUGAAGAACCAAAAGGUUCUGCUUGUUGCAGACGACGUCAGUAAGCUUGAUCAGAUAGAUGCACUUGCAGAGGAUUUCAACGGCUUUGGUCCUGGGAGUGUUGUGAUCAUCACUACACAAGACAAGCAGCUGUUUGCUUCCUAUGGGAUAAAGAACGUCUACGAAGUUGAGCUUCUGAGGUUCCAGAAAGUUCGUCAACUCAUCCGACAAUUAGCCUUCAAACAGACAGGAAUUGCUGCUGCGUUCCAGUCGGUUCGUGGUUGGCUAACGAGUCUUGCCUUGAAAUGGUUAGGUUGGCUACGUGGUAAACCUGGCUCAGGGUCAAGGAAAUUGUUGGAGUAA